UCCUCACCCCAGUUGCCUUCCAUUGUUGUUGUCAGAGCUUUCCAUCAUAUGUGCAUAAUCUGUAAUGUGAGGUCCACAUGAUGGCAAAGUUGUUGCUUCUCAUUAUUAGGACUCAAGGUCACAUUAUUUGUUAUGAUGAACUUUUACUUUUUCUUUUUUUCUUUUCUUUUUGUUUUUGCCAUUUCCUCUCCAAUUCCUUCAUAUCCCGUGUGUUGAUAUUUGCAAGCUCCUCAAGAUCUUUGCUUGCCGACCGCGAGCAAUAUUUCAGAUGCCAGUGUUACUUUCCUUCUAUUAUGUCAAACAAGUUGUUCCAAUCCUCCCUGAUAUCUCCAAGUUCUGUUAAUGGACAGCUUUGUCUGAUCAAAUAAGCUUGUUGGUUUUGGGAUAUUUGCCUGUCUCUUGCUUUCAAUUUGUGAAAUAAAGGAAGAACUAAUAGCUACAAUAUGUUCUUAUACUUAGCUCUGAAUGCUAGUUUUCUUGUAACAUCAUCUUGGAUUAGAUGGUGCUAUAAACUCUUCAUCCAAUGCAAUGACAUUUGUGAAUCUCGAGGACUUCCUUAACAGAACAACAUGGCAGGAGGCGAUCGGUGUCAUUAUACCUGUUUCUGAUGGUCCUGUUGUUUGGAUGGCUGUGAUUGACUGAACUGCUGCUUGCUGUUCGUGGGAAAACAGCAAGUCGCCAACCUGAUAUGGUGGGAAAACGGCAGGGUGGGUGGGAUUCGGCUAUGAUCAGAGGCCAGCGUUGGAUCACGUGGGCCGGGCUCCCUCCUGUUGCUAUUCCCUGUUCCACCGCUCCCCACCCAACUGAACCUUGGACCGGACGAGGUCGGACUCCGUACCCGUUGUGUUGACUUCUCUCAAAACCGGGCCCUAUUUUUGUUUUCUUUUCUUUGUCUCAUACUUCUCUUUGGGGAUUACAAGAUCAAAGGCUUGUAUAAACAAACCACACCUGACCCAGAAUGAGAAACAAAUCGAGAAAUAUUAUCAUCACCAAGUAUAAAUUGCAAGGGCUAGCAUCUACUAUUAAAUUGAGAUCAAGGUUGAACUUGGGUUAGAGUGAUUUGAAUAUAAUGGCAUCCAACCCAUUGUUAGGUCUAGUUUAGCCAAUCAUACCUAAUUUGGGCUUCACUUGGAUUAAAAAAUGUCGACUUGAGAUCUAGUGAAGCUGGUUUAGGUUGAAGGAUUAGAACCCAACCUAACCCACCCUAAACUUGACCCAACUCAACCUAAUCUAUGUUCUUCCAGAGCCAGCCCGGCAAAGCGUGACCUAAACUAACCCAAUCCAAAUUGCUUUCUGGUUAAGAAUUUUGCAAUAGUGCCGGCACUUGGACUCCUGUUUUGUCGCCAAGCUGAAUGUCGGAUUCAGUUGUGUUAGGAUUGGAUGGUUUGUUCAUUGGUUGGACUUUGGUUGGCAAUUAAGCUGGAUCCAAUUCCAAUCCAUCCAAUUUGUGCAUUUAGCUUGAAUUAGCCUAUUCCAAUCCAGGGAUUUAAAAAGGAUAACAGAUGGCCUCAGCCAAAUUCCAGCUGGGUUGGUUUACGUGAGAAGCACCACUCCUACGUGACGUCUGCACGCGGCCGCACCACUUUUAUCGCUGUAUAAAAUAGCACCAAAAAAAAAAAAACCAUCUCUUUUCAAAUUAAAAAGUUCUUUUCUAACGGUCCAAAAUACAAAAAUCCAAAUAUAGCUAAUAAAAAACACCACCGCCAACUUUUUUUUCCAAUUUCACCAGAGAUCCACAUUCCACCGGCUUCCGGAUUUCGCUCCCCACUAGCUAUUGCCACCCCAAAACAGAUCUCCAAAUCUUAAAAUAUCACACAAAAAGGCUAAGAUACAGCCUUGUUCUUCCGUUCUUCUAAUCUGAAAUUACUGUUUUCUUUUUUUUUGUGUGUGUGUGUUAAAAUACGGUAAAAAUGAUCAAAAGGAAGGCAAAAAGGAAGCUUGGCUUCCUGGAGACUUUUGUGAGGUAGAUCUCCCAGUUCCAAGUUUCCUAUGGUAGCACCUUUUUUUCCUUUUUUUUUUUUUUUUUCUUGCAUGCAUGUUCUAUUCUUCUUCUUAUCCAAGCAAUCCCAAGUCCUCUUUUUCCCCUUUCCGCCACCUUUUUUUUCUCUAUUAUAUUGUUGUUCUUAUGCUUCCUAGACUUCUCUCCCACUAUGUUUUCAGCUCUCAAACCAUGACAACCCCACAGGAAUUAUGAAUUCCCACCAAAUUUCCAAUCGCAUUCACUUUUAAAUUCCCCCACCCUUUGCCAAAAAACAAGGCCCGAUUCCCACCUCCCUCUACUCUGCAUGGCUAUCAGAGCCAUGGACGAUGCGAAGAAGCCAUCGGGGUGCGGCGUGAUGGUGUUCUACGGCGACAUGUUCCGCCGCCGUGGCUUCUGGCACCGUCGGUCAGCCUCGACGAGCUCGGUGCCCCAGCGAUCCCCAGAACACAGAAUUGCGAAGCUGCCAUCCUCCAACGGACGGCCUCAGCAGCCUGCAUCCGAUGACAAAGCCAUGGUGCUACCAGCAAAUUUAUCUCAGCCGCCUGCCACCAAGCCUGCAAGCAGCUCCAUGCCCGCUACUCCCAGUCCACGGAAGGCUGCUGCUUCCCGGAGACAGCCGGAGUCGAACAAGGCAUCGACGUCGGUUCAUUCGAGCAAUGGCCUGGCGGCAGAGCUUGACAGCAUGAUCUAUGACCACCGGCGAGCUAAGGGGAGCGGUAACUUGGUCCGGGUCUCCUCCGGCAAUGCGAUGGUCUAUGGGAACUUGGGCAACAUCAGGGGGAAUCAGAAUUCGACCAAUUCUCGAAACCGGGAUGUGUUUGAUUACCUCCCGAAGACUGCCAAGGAGUCAAGAUUGAAUGCCACUUGGAGGAACGAUUUCAGUUACCCUGGGACUAGUGGAGUGAUGGGCAAUAUAAUGAAGAACCCGGCAAAAGAACCAGUAGAGUCCCAACCAGAGCUGUGCCGGGCUCUUUCGAAGAGAUUAGAUCCGGAGGAGUUGAAGGAAAUGGGCAAUGAGGAGUACAAGAAGGGGAGGUUUGCCGAGGCAUUGGCUCUGUAUCAUCGGGCAAUUGUCAUGAAUCCAGAGGUGGCUUCAUACUGGAGCAACAAGGCGGCGGCGCUCAUGGGUUUGGGCCGGCUUCUCGAGGCAGUUGGCGAGUGCAAAGAAGCUGUAAGGAUUGAACCUUCAUAUUGCAGAGCGCAUCACCGGUUGGGUACUCUUUAUCUCAGACUGGGAGAAGCUGAGAAGGCAAUUCACCAUUACAAGCUAUCACGAAAGGAAACCAGCUCUAAUGACUUCUCACAAGUGCAUGCUCUCCAGACCCAUUUGGCCAAGUGUAAUGAAGCACGUAAGCAAAAGGAUUGGCUCACUGUGUUAAAGGAAUCACAGGCUGCUGUCUCUGCUGGUGCCGAUUCUGCACCACAGGUCUUUGCAUUGCAAGAGGAGGCACUUCUGAAGCUCCUGAGGCAUGACGACGCAGAUUCAGUGUUAAAUGGUGCACCCAAAUUUGACAUUGAAGCAUCCACCAAGUUCUAUGGUGCCGCUAGGAAUGCAUACAUCCUCAUAAUCCGAGCACAGGUUGAUAUGGCUUUGGGAAGGUUUGAGGAUGCAGUCGUAGUGGCUCGAAGGGCGUCUGAACUUGACCCCAGCAACCGGGAGAUAGGCGUCGUGGUCCGGAGAACCCAUGCAGUGGCAUCUGCUAGGUCCAAAGGCAAUGAUCUCUUCAAGGCCUCCAAGUAUGGCGAGGCAUGCAUUGCUUAUGGAGAAGGCCUCGAUCAUGAUCCACAAAAUUCUGUUCUUCUUUGCAACAGAGCUGCUUGCCGUUCAAAGCUAGGCCACUGGGAGAAAGCCAUCGAGGACUGCGAUGUUGCGCUUAAUGUGCGUCCUUCGUACAGCAAAGCUCGUCUGAGGAGAGCUGACUGCAAUGCAAAGAUGGAAAGGUGGGAGGCAUCAAUAAAGGAUUAUGAAGUGUUAGUACAAGAAAUCUCAGGAGAUGAGGAGGUGUGCAGGGCCCUCUUUGAGGCUAAAGCCCAACUCAAGAAGCAACGAGGCCAGCAAGUGCGCACGGUUCAAUCCUGAUGUUCUAAAUGUCAAUUAUGGGGAAUCAUCAUAUUGGCUGCUGUCUGUGGCUGUGCUUCUCAGCAAAUUUGAUUAAAGCUUCAACAUGAGCAGUUCUUUGUAUGCAGCAACACAGCAUGCAUGCUAUACCCAUCUAAUAAACACCACAUGGAAAGCAUUCUUCUGAAAAGAAGAUGAUAUCCAUAAUAAUGUACAUACCGGUGGAUCCUUUAUGGUGAAAGUUUCUGGAGACCCAUCAUCUAGAAUUUAAAUUUGCAGGUAUUUGAAUAGCCAAUUAUAGAAGAUCUGUUGAAGCAAAUGGGAACUCGCAAGUGGUGGCAGGCAUCAUUGGAAUGGAGAAAAUAUGGAGGGUAAAUGAAAAAGGAAACAAGAAAGUCUUUCACCAGGACAGAAGGGAAAACUACAUGAUGGGUGCACUGCGACCAUUUUUUCCUCUGUUUCUCUGAUGUAUAAACAAUGCAAAAAAUAGUCAUAUUCUUCUAUAUCGAACAUCUUUCUGCUCUAUUAUCAUGACUAAACACUCGAUGUUUUCCUGCUCCAAGGUGUCUUGUUCUGGCUCUGCAGUAAACUUUCGACUUUCAGUGAAUUUAAUAAUAAUCGAAGUGUUUAUAUUUGCUAA